UAUUAUAACCUCAAGAAACAGGAAGCACUAGCAAAUCAACAGCUGCAACAAUCAGCCAACACUGAAGGUAAAGAACAUUGAUAUUCCUGUUUUAAAAGGUAUCAGAGUAAAGAGACGUGUUAUACUACAACUAAUGUAGCCACUGCAGCCACCUAGACAAAGGUGACAAGUCAGAUUACAGGAAAAUAACAAUGCAUUCCAAGAAAGUUGAUUGUGGGUCAAUCACCAGCUCAUAAGAAAAUAAUGAGUUACUUGAAGCACAAAAUUUAAAUAUUGAUAGCAAAGGCGUUUCCAAGAAAGGAAAAUCUCUAGUUAGGCAAUGUUUUCCUUUCCAAAACUUUAUAAUACCCAGGAGACAUAUUUGUUUGACAGAAGCUGUUAUUUUGUCAUCUAUCAGCAAUUUCUUCACUGACAUUGCCAUUCUUUGCAAUAAGGUGCAACGUCAAGUAACAAAUAUAACAAGUUCAUGUUUUCACCUUUAUCAAUCACUCUAACAGAGUAGACCCUUCAAAAACACAGGUUUUCUUCAGUGGGUUCAAAAGGUCAGGUCUGUAGGUUGUAAUUGGUUGAUUUUGAUCCAUGCUGCAGGGCUCGAAAUUAAAAAAUCCUUAGGUUGCCUUUUGGCGACCAACUGGAGAAAUAUAGUUGCCAGAUGCAAAUUUUAAGUUGUCAGUUUGUGUAAUGUAAAUGAUGCAGCUCAUAGUAUGGCGUGAUCCAGAGAUAAACUGGCUUUGCUUAUGCUAUUUAGCACAUUUUGUUAUGAUGAAAGCAAAACAAGAUAAGAUGAAAUGUUUGUUUUAAGUUUACUCUUUAAAUUUAAAUUUAGUCAUACAGAAAUCUGGUCGCCAAAGUGGUGACUCAACCAGAAUUUUUAGUCACAAAAGAGAAAAUGUUAGUUGCAUUGGCGCAGAAUCAGCCGCAAUUUCAAGCCCUCUAGCACUGAUAUUGUUUUGUGGUAAUUAUUUAUUUUAUUCUCUCAGAAAACGGAAUGAACAUUGAAGUGUCCAAAGGACCUAUAAGUUUCUCAAUAAAGGCUAAAGAAACAAAGAAACCCAAAAUUGAGUACAGGACGAGUGUUAUCUACAAGCAGAGUUGUGAGCAAGGUGAAAGUGACGAGGAAGUUAAUGAGGAGGGAUCAGAAGCAGAGUGUAAGGAGAAGAGUGAAGCCAAUGGAAGAAAACCAGAACAGGAGACUGCUGUAAAUAGUGGCUCCACAUCGACAGAAAACUCAGCUCCUGAGGUGGACUCUAUCAAGGCUGCUGAAAGAAUUGGUAUGAAGGACUGUUUUUUUUUUCUUCUUAGCACUUUAGGCCUCUAGUACAAUUAUAUCCAUAUACAAAUUCUCCAGGUUGACAUCCAUAGAUUCCCUUAAAGAUCUUGAGAAAGGAUCAACACAUUUUCCCCUUAAAGAUUAUUUUAUCAUUUCUCAUAACCUCUUCUCUUGAUAAGGUAUUGAUAUUUUUGGGAGAAGAUUGAUGUUGGUCACUCUUGGGAUUUAAAGGGUUACUACAGUUUAACCACGUGACUUGCCUAGUUCCCAGGCCUUCAAAUUGUCACAACACAGUCAAGGUGUAUCGUAUGGGUCACGUGAUGCAAGCAAAGAGUCUUUCAAUUCUUAUGUAACUGAAAUGAAUUGACCAUGCCGGCCUGGGGAAAGCUGUACAGUUACUAGGUAACCCCUUGUUCACGCCAUUGAUUGUGGUUGAUUGAGAAAGAUUUUCGAAGGAGGUGCGGCUAUGUUUUAGCUAUGCCUACCUUCUAUGUUUGUCACCAUAAUAUUGUAAUUGUCUCUAGGAGUGAACUUGACUGACAUGCUUAUUAUUGUACAGCCCAACAUCUGGAGUCUGAAUCAAGAGAUAAACAGCUUCAAAUAGAACGACGAAGGAAAGCGUCACUCUUCAUAAGUAUGCUCAAGAAAACCAACCCAGGAGAUGAAGUGGAGACAAGCCAGUAAGAAACGUACAAAUAGGCAACAAUAUUCCAUGGUCAUUGCAAAAUUUGAACGUUAGACGUCAUUUCUAUGAUGAAUAAGAGUGUAGACCGUGCAAAUUGUUGUCUUUUUACUUUUUGGCUUUUACAAUAACAACAUCUAUUUCCGGCCAGAUUUCUUGAAAAAGUGCGCGCGAGAGACCUAGAAGGUCAGCGAAAAAAUUGCGAUAUCGCGUCAUUUGAUAGACCAUAGCUCCCGACCAAUCAGCGCGCGAGAAAUCGCUCAGUUAUUUGAAAAUUGAUAGUAUUGUAACAAUAUUAUAAUCAAUAUUAAUUUUGAUCUCUUUAGCUUACAGCAGCAGUUACCGGGCGCACAUUCACUGUUGAUUUGCAAUUUUGAAUGAGACGACUCAGGCGAAAUGAUUAGUUUCUAAAAAUAUCAAUUUUUACUCUUUGACUCUUUGGGCCCCAAUUUUGUUUUUGUUUCAAAAGAUUAAACUUCUUUUCUCACUAGAAAUUUUAGUUUCAAAAGAUGCUGAAUCCAAUUUAUUUAUCGUUUUUUCUUUGGCCAACCAACUUUCUUUUUUUUUUUUUGCAUCGCUGUUUGUGAAAAAAGUAAACAAAAAGAAUAUACAAAUUGUGAUCGUUAUUACCCGCCAUCCUUACAGAAAGCGAUGCCAUGUGGUGUCUCAGGGGGUAAAAAUCUUUUAACUUUACAUUUUUCUAGCAGCCGUUUAGUUUGCACCGGUUCAAGCGCGAUUUCCAAGAAUGUACUGAUCAAGAGUGUUGAUUACCUUUAAGUGUAACUUUGUUCAUUGGCUGCCAUACUUUAUCUAUAGUAAAUAUUGUAUUGAAGAAACGUAGCUAAAAUAACAGUAUUUUUAACAGGUCUUCGCAAGAAAAUUUAGUACCAUCUGGGAGGACCAGAAAAUUUAUGGAAAAACGACAGGAUACACGGUAAUUAGUAAUUUCUGCAACUGUAAAAUAGUAGAGACAUCCAGAGAGAUUUAAAGGAAAGAAAUCUUGCGUCAAGAUAAACUUAUUGCUGUGCGUCGUGUGAAGUCAUUUCUCUUUGGACAUUUUAUCUUCCUUCUCCUCUUUCAAUGGUAUUUUUUGAUGUUGCGGUAGCUACCAGCUGCGCCGUGGUGAUCGAGAAAUAGUAAAGGAAGAGAGAGAGAACGCGCACGCGUGAACAAGGAGGGAGGAGGCACCUUCAUGCAAGUAGCUUUGCCACGCAGGUUGAUCAUGUUGUUAUUGAGUGAUCGAACUUUUAAAACCGUUUAGUUCUCGCCAACCUUCAGUUUGAGUACUUCCUUCCGUAUUUUUAUCUUUACUUGAUAAAGGCCUGGCCCCAGUUGUUCAAAAGCUGGAUAGUGCUAUCCAUUGGAUAAAUCUCUGUCCAAUGGAAAGUGCAAUUGGUUUCCCUAAUACUUAUCCGCUGGAUAGUGAUUCAUCCGAUGGAUAGCGUUAUCCAGCUUUUGAACAACUGAGGCCAGGAGAGUAAUUAGAAACUUACGCCUUCUGUCUUAGAUCUGAGUCUCCUCCUUUGAAAAGAAGCCGCAUUAGUGAUGACGAUAGUGAUUCACUGAGUGGAGGAGUUGGGUCUCCAUCUCCUGGCAGCAUCCGGGUUACUCAGGUCAGUAUUUCAUGGUGCAUUACUAGUGCAUUGGAGCGUACACUAAGACUGUUGUAGUUCAGUCUUCGAGAGAACUUCACCAAGAGUAAUAAGUCGCUCUCUUUAACGAAAAUCCUCCUUUGGGAGUGGAAAAGUUGAGGCAAGACGUAUUUGGUGUGCCCUUUUCCUUACUCUGUUUCUGUAUCGAUAGUCACUAGACGUUUAUAUAAUAUUAUAGUGUAGCCUAUGUAGCAAUCGUUUCCAUAUCUUUCUAACCGAGCGGGGAAAGCGCCAAGUCGCACGAGGGCACGAGGUAAAAAGGCGCUCCAGUUUUUCCUUUGUCCUCACUCGUCUCUUGCUUGGCUAAAAGGGAACAGAAAUGACUGCCACGUGUGCUUAUCUUUUUGAAACCCUUUAUUUUUAACACAGGAUUUGAUGGCAAAGGUGUUGGCCGCUUCUAGAAACAAGUGA